AUGGCAGACCGCAAGAAUAUGCAAGGAAGCAUGGCAGACCGCAAGAAUAUGCAAGAAAGCAUGGCAGACCACAAGAAUAUGCAAGAAAGCAUGGCAGACCACAAGAAUACGCAAGAAAGCAUGGCAGACCACAAGAAUAUGCAAGAAAGCAUGGCAGACCACAAGAAUACGCAAGAAAGUAUGGCAAACCACAAGAAUACGCAAGAAAGCAUGGCAGACCACAAGAAUACGCAAGAAAGUAUGGCAGACCGCAAGAAUACGCAAGUAUGGCAGACCACAAGAAUACGCAAGAAAGUAUGGCAGACCGCAAGAAUACGCAAGAAAGUAUGGCAGACCGCAAGAAUACGCGAGUAUGGCAGACCACAAGAAUACGCAAACCACAAGAAUAUGCAAGUAUGGCAGACCGCAAGAAUAUGCAAGUAUGGCAGACCACAAGAAUAUGCAAGUAUGGCAGACCGCAAGAAUACGCAAGAAAGUAUGGCAGACCGCAAGAAUAUGGAAGGAAGCAUAGCAGACCGCAAGAAUACGCAAGAAAGCAUGGCAGACCGCAAGAAUACGCAAGAAAGCAUGACAGACCGCAAGAAUACGCAAGAAAGCAUGGCAGACCGCAAGAAUAUGCAAGAAAGCAUGACAGACCGCAAGAAUACGCAAGAAAGCAUGGCAGACCGCAAGAAUAUGCAAGAAAGCAUGGCAGACCACAAGAAUACGCAAGGAAGCAUGACAGACCGCAAGAAUACGCAAGAAAGCAUGGCAGACCGCAAGAAUAUGCAAGAAAGCAUGGCAGACCGCAAGAAUACGCAAGAAAGCAUGACAGACCGCAAGAAUACGCAAGAAAGCAUGGCAGACCGCAAGAAUACGCAAGAAAGCAUGACAGACCGCAAGAAUACGCAAGAAAGCAUGGCAGACCGCAAGAAUAUGCAAGAAAGCAUGGCAGACCGCAAGAAUACGCAAGAAAGCAUGGCAGACCGCAAGAAUACGCAAGAAAGCAUGGCAGACCGCAAGAAUACGCAAGAAAGCAUGGCAGACCGCAAGAAUACGCAAGAAAGCAUGGCAGACCGCAAGAAUACGCAAGAAAGCAUGGCAGACCGCAAGAAUACGCAAGAAAGCAUGGCAGACCGCAAGAAUACGCAAGAAAGCAUGGCAGACCGCAAGAAUACGCAAGAAAGCAUGGCAGACCGCAAGAAUACGCAAGAAAGCAUGGCAGACCGCAAGAAUACGCAAGAAAGCAUGGCAGACCGCAAGAAUACAAGAACAACCAAAGCGGAGAUAGGAGAACCAUUCACAGAAUUUCCAGCUCCUAUUUCCUACAUUCGACUGCAGGCCAAUUCAUCAUACAUUCAUCAGUUAUUCAUCCCUACCCUUACAAAAUGGGCCUCACACCGUCGAUAUAACCCAGAGGAUGAAUGCACCGAACAUUCUGAAAAUUUGUUUCUGUGCAAGUCGAAUGAAAAUCAUUAA